CAGAAGUGACUCAGAGGAAAGAUGGCGGCUGCCUACUUGACUCACCAUCAGAAGGUCCUGCGACUUUACAAGAAAUCACUUAGACACAUCGAGUCAUGGUGUAUUUUCAGGGAUAAAUACCGCUUCUAUGCAUGUUUGCUGCGAGCACGCUUUGAUGAGAACAAGCAUGAGAAGGACAUGAUGAAGGCCACCAUGAUGCUGAAGGCAGGUGAGGAGGAAUUCUGGGACAAUCAGCACCCGCAACCCUACGUGUUCCCAGACUCACCUGGAGGAACAUCCUAUGAAAGAUAUGAGUGCUACAAAAUUCCUGAAUGGUGUCUGGAUCACUGGCAUCCCUCAGAGAAAGCCAUGUACCCUGAUUACUUUGCUAAGAGGGAGCAGUGGAAAAAGCUGCGGGUUCAGAGCUGGGAAAAAGAGCCAGAACACACAGCAGAUUAUUAUCAUCAUGGAUCCUCUCACCAUACAACUAGUCCAGCAGCUGCAAGCCGAAACCCCUGCUGAUGGCCCUAAAUCUGAGGUCCUGCCUCCGGCCCGCAAAGAAGGAGACCUCCCACCCCUAUGGUGGCAGUUUGUCACUCGUCCCAGAGAGCGUCCCAUGUAAGGAUGUGUUCUGAAGAUAAUUUAGAACAGGUGUUUGAAACAGCCCUGAGAUUGUCAAACACAUUUUGUCUUUAAUCCUAAUUAAAGUAUUAUGCAAAUAA